CUGAGACACCCCUGACACAGAGCUCUGAUCCCACAGAGCUGCUGAAAUGAUGUGGAGAGCCAUAGGCUUGUCGCGACCAACAGUAGAGAAAGUGCUGCCAACACUGCUCUGUGUGAUGGAGGAUUGGCCUCUGCACAGCAUAUGCACCUCUGAUGGAGACAACAAGGAUGUUUUUGCUCUGGCUGCAACUCUGGUGCUCUGGAUGAUUAUCCAAGUGCCUGAAUGCCACGAGGUGGUGAUCCUUUAUUCCGCCCGCCUGUUUGUGGUUCUGUUGUUCCAUGUUGUCAUCACCACCCAGCAGAUGCCACCAGUGGAAGUUGACAUCUUCUGGAGAGCAUGCCAGGAGGAAUACUGCCUUCCCAGAAAACCCAACAGGUUUGCAGUGCAGGCCAUGAAGGCUCUGCUCUUCCGACUGGUCAUGGAAAUGCAAUGCAAGUGUGGCUGGGACAUGCUGCUCUGUGCUGACACCCAGAACUAUGCCAUGGGUCUGCAGGCCAGGGAGAUGCCCAGUGCCUCCCUCUCUUUGUGUUCUGGGAUUGCACUCCGCCUGCUCCGGCUGCUCAGCAGAGAGGACCCGCUCUGGGAUCUGCACUUCCUGGCAUUCCUUGUGGAGGUCCUGGAUUGCCUGGAUUUGCGUGAAUGUAGUCACAGCAUCCUGGAGAUCAUGUCAAGGCACCUGCAAAGAAAGUGCAAGCUGAGGCAUCGCCUGGCAUUCAGAGGCCUUAUGGUGCUCAGCAAGUAUCCCUUGAUGGUGAGAAUGGGGCAGCAGCUGAAGCUGUGCUGGGGAAAGAAGUCCCUUGGUCUGGCUGGGCUUUAG